UCUAACCUUUUCUAACCCUUUCUGCCCUCCCCGGCUUUCCCUCCCGUCGGCGCCGCUCUGCUCCGCUGUGGCUGAUGCUGUCACGAUGGAUCCCUGCCGCCGGGCGCCAGCGAGGGCUGCUGGCCAGGCUGGGCUCACGCGCUUAUUCCCACGGGAGGGUAUUCGACGCAGCGGCCCGGGACGGCGAACUUCGGGUGUUCGUUGUCGCCGGUGAGGUCUCCGGCGAUUCGCUCGCUUCGCGCCUCAUGGCGUCCCUCAGGAAGCUCUCCCCUGUUCCCGUUCGUUUUGCUGGCGUUGGCGGAGAAUUAAUGUGCAAGGAAGGGCUGCAAUCACUUUUUCCCAUGGAAGAAAUUGCCAUAAUGGGGUUGUGGGAACUGCUGCCACACAUAUAUAACGUCAAGAGGAAGAUCAAGGAUACUUUAGAUGCUGCUAUACUAUUUCGGCCUCAUGCUGUAGUUACUGUUGAUUCAAAGGGUUUUUCGUUUCGCCUAUUGCAGCAAUUAAAAUGUAGGUACAACCAAAAAGUUGAUAGCCCUCUGCAUGUCCAUUAUGUUGCUCCAUCAUUCUGGGCCUGGAAAGGUGGUGAAAGGAGGCUCUCAAAGUUGCAUAAUUUUGUGGAUCAUAUGUUAUGUAUCCUUCCUUUUGAGGAUGAAAUUUGCAGAUUACAUGGGUUGCCUGCUACAUAUGUGGGCCAUCCCUUAUUGGAUGAUGCUGCUGGCUUAAAUGUGGCAGGGACUUCGCUUCAACAUAAAAAUGUGGACUCAGAAUUAUCUCCUGACAUGUCCAUGCGUCAACGAAGUGGUGAAGCUUUUAGACUGGAGCAUGGGUUGUCUCCAGAUGCCACAAUCUUAACCAUAAUGCCUGGAAGCAGGGUGCAGGAAGUAGCUCGUAUGCUUCCAAUCUUCUUUCGGACUGUGCAACAUUUAAGUCACACUUUAAAUGAUCUGUCACUAGUCAUCCCAGUUGCUCCACAUCGGGAUGUGAGGACCUAUGUUGAAAAUGUAGUUCGAUCACUGCCGUUUCCAGUGGUACUGAUACCUGGGGGGUCACUAGAAAAAAGAUAUGGUGCAUUCAAUGCUAGUAAAGCAGCAUUAUGUACUUCCGGAACAGCUGUCAUGGAAGUAAUGCUAGCAAAGCUACCCUGUGUGGUGGCCUACCAAGCUCAUUUCCUAACCGAGUGCUUCAUCCACCUGAGAAAAAAGAUAAACUUUAUUUCUCUACCAAACAUCCUUUUGGACUCUCCCAUUGUGCCUGAGAUCCUUUUUCGAGCGUGCACAGAUAAAAAUCUAGCUGCAAAACUAAGCGAGGUUAUCUUCAACGAUGAAGUCCGUCAGCUGCAAGUUGGAUCAGCUGAGCGAAUGCUCCAGGUCCUCUACGAACCGAUCAAGCGACAAGGCAAUUUGUUCGCAGAGGAGUUGGGGGACUCGGGCUUGUCAUCAGAUGUCUACUCCCCCAGCACGAUUGCAGCAUUGACAGUGCUUUAUACGGACAAAAAUCGGCGGAUGGUGCACCGGAAUUGAGCGGGCUUUCUCAGUGGUGGAUGAAUGUUUCAUCUGCCAGAGUGCCAGGGCAGUCGCUAUCGGCAGGGGACUGUAUUGGCUGCAGUUGAUGAUUGAUCAUUGGAGGAGCAAAACAUAUGGUUAGGUAAACUUUUUUAGUAUGGACUGAUGCAGAGUUCGUGUCAGCAUCACAAUAUCGUUGUAGAAAUUUCGAACGCAUGUGCUCUGGUGGGUCAAUUGUGUGUGGCCCUUAGUCAUGGACAAAUCCGGAGUGAUGUUUGGCAGAAAAAACUCUUCCAUUUGCCUAAAAAAAAACUCUUCCAUGCAUGGAAUUUGUGGAGAGUGCAGGGAGCAUAUGAGCUGGGGAACAAGUAACUUAAAGAUAUUUAUAUCCUGCAGAUUUUGUAACUGUAAAAUCUGGCCAUUUGCUAAUUUGAUUCGUGCUGCUGCGCUUUUUAAU